AUAUUUUUUUCAAUUGUAGGUUUCAUCUAUCUCAUAAUGGUAUCACCAAAUCUAUUUUGCGGAUGAUGCAUGGAAUUCUCAAAACACCAUAUCCAAAGUUCUCGGAGAUGCCUUCCGACGAGCAAGAGAUUUGGUUGAAGCAAUUUGCGCAAGAUUUUACUUGGCAUCGGGAUUUCACAAAUGAUGUUCGCAAAGCGUUCAAGAAAAUUGCCGCUAAACAUUACUCUUACACUUUGCACGAGUGGAAGCGAAAGUGGAUUAGAGGAAAGAUGCCAAAAGGGGCGAACCAAGAAGUCUUUAAUGGUUUGAUUCGCUAUUGGGGUAAACCGGAAACGAUAUCACUUUCCAAGAAGAAUUCAAAGAACAGAAAAAGCAACCGAGGCGGGUUGGGCAUUGCUACGCAAAACGCAGGUGCAACGAGCGCCUCUAGUCGACAACGACAACUUACUGUUAGAGAUGGUGUGGUACCCGAUAAUCUUACUUUGAUGGAGGAUAUGAACACCAACAAAGAAACAAAGCAAGUACAAGAUGGUCGAGCAAAGAUGGUUCUCGAAAACGUGAAGGCGUAAAGAGACAGAACUUCUUUCCCAAUCUGUUGAUGGUUCGGUGACUUCCCCCGAAUUGGGACGAGAGAAGAUGAACGAAAUUCUAUACGAGGAAACCCAUAAAUCCAAGGGACGGAUUUUUGGGUUAGGAAAUCUAUCUCAAAUAUCAUCUUCUUCUCGUUCCUCGGGUUUCUCAUAUCCUUCGCAUGUCGAUUUCGAGAAAGCCAUGGAAGAAAAGAAUGAGCGGAUUGCGACUUUGUAAAAAGAAAUGGAAGAACAAAGAGCGGCAUUAGAAGAACAGAAAGCGGAGAACAUGCGGCGAGACGCGGAGUACAAGAAGAGGGAUGAGGAGAUGGCAACGUUCAUGAAUGAGAUGCGUGCGAAGUUGCCGUGAUUUUUAUGGUUUCCAUCUAUGUUUUGAACAAUUUGUUGUUUAUGGAUUUAAAAUGUUUUCAUUAAUAAUUCUGAAUUUAAAUAUUAAUGCAAUUUCUUAAUUUAUAA